UGUCACUAUCGAUCACUUAAUUACACACAUAGCUGUCACAAUAAUUACAGUUCUUGACUUAUUUUCUUCACUCUUGUUGUUAGACGUCCACAAAAUGUCGAAUAAACAACUAGACCCAACUUACUAUAUUUUGAAAAUUUUUAAAGCAGCUGGUGUGCACCCGGACGUUAAAGUCACCCCAUUUUUGGUCUUUUUUUUCUGGAUGAACUGUACUAUUGUGUCUGCUGUUAUAGUUUUGGCAACCAUUGGUGCAAUUUUCGGCGCUUUAGACAACGAUAUUAACACAGUGGUUGAAUGUCUCCAAAGUACCUUUAUUUACAUACAUAUUUUAGGCAAACACUUCGUCUUGUUCUACAGCAAACCCAUCCUGUCCCAUCUCCUUGCCCAACGCACCCAUUUCCUCCAAUUGGAGACGUUCGACUUAAGUACCAUCGAGCAGUUCCAACAACUGCUCAAAAAAACCUCCAAGUUCGUCAACACCUUCAUGUUUUGCACCAGCUGUGUGGUUUUCAGCUUCUACAUGCAACCAUACCUCACCCAUGGCGAUUUGCCAGUCAGUGUUUACGUACCAGAUGGGUGGUACUACUACAUCCAUUUUGGGUUCUGGCCUUUGGCACCAUGCAUUGUUGCCAGUAUUUACGGUUCAGAUGCACUUUUUUGCGCAAUAAGUGUUCCAGUUAUUGUGCAAUUUCGACUUUUGGCACGGAAAAUACAAAACUGGAAAAUCGAAAACACCAAACUUAAUAAUCAAAAGAGUAGGAAAAUUUUCAAAAAAAAUUUGAAAGAGCUAGUAGACCACCAGAAUUUUUUGUUUGAGUAUUGUAACGAAAUGAAUAAGUUCAAUAACGGCAUUUUUCUCAACCAGUUUCUGCUUUCGGUUGGAAUUAUUUGUGUCCAACUGUUUGUAGUGUCACAAAAAGGGUUUAAACUGCCAAAUAAAAUUAAAUGUGUCGGGUAUUCCUUUAUGGAAAUUAUCGAAACUGCUAUUUUUUGCUUCAAUGCUGAAUUAAUCUCAGAUGCGUCCGAAGACGUCGGAAAUGCGGCUUACGACUCCCUCUGGUACGAAUCAGACGAUCCCGAAGUACGACACGCCAUAACUCUCAUAAUUGCGCGUUCGCAGAAUCGCAUAGUUUUCAGCGGUUUUGGUUUCGUUUGGAUCAAUUUGAAAACUUUCACUCAGAUUUUUAAAACCGCCCUCUCAUUCUACAGUUAUCUCCACAACGUUGUAUUAAAUUAAUUAAAGCGACCACACAUACCUAAAUAAUUAAACUUAGCGGCUUUGUAAUUAAUUUCAGUGCUUUGUAAUUUCACUUAUUUUAAAAUUUAAUUAAUUGUACAGCGUUCAGUAUUUAAAUAAAUCGAAUAGGUGGCUAGGCGCAGUGAAAAAUGAA